ACCCGAGCAGUUGAACCCGUGACACCGCGCUGUCAAAAGCAGGAAGUUAAGAAUGUAAAGUAUAAUGCGAGCGGCUUAUCUUUUCAUUGGUCUCAUUUCCUAAUUUUUUUACUUUUAUUCACAGCAUUUUUUUUUAACCGCGAGCACAUGAACGUGUCGUGUUUAUGCUCUGUGAGGCACACGGCAUGCUAACCAAACUGUCGCUGGAGCAAAGGAAAUCCACACACAAUUUCCACUAAUGCUGAUGAUAAGUCCCAGGAUGGCCUCAGGAAUGCAAGAGAAACAGUACACACCAUCUCUGCUCAAUUUUUUCAUUUAUAAUCCGACGUUUGGACCACGGGAGGGAGAGGAAGAGAAGAAGAUUCUGUUUUACCACCCCAGUGAUGUUGAGAAGAAUGAGAAGAUCCGCAACGUGGGUCUUUGCGAAGCCAUUGUACAGUUCACCAGGACGUUCUGUCCAACAAAACCAGCUAAAUCCCUGCACACACAGAAGAACCGGCAGUUUUUCUUUGAGCCCGAAGACAAUUUUUGGAUAGUCAUGGUUGUUCGAAACCCAAUGGUUGAGAAACCAAACAAAGAUGGUAAACCUCCCACAGUAGAAUAUCAGGAAGAGGAAAUACUUGACACUGUUUAUGGUGCAGUGGUACGACAGUGCUACAGUAUGUACAAGCUCUUCAACGGCACGUUUGGUAGAGCGAUGGAAGCCGGUGGAGUGGAACUGCUCAUCCAGAAGCUUGAAAAGUUUUUCUACAGGUAUCUGCAGACUCUCCACUUGCAGUCGUGCGACCUGCUCGAUGUGUUCGGAGGCAUCAGCUUCUUCCCACUGGACAAGAUGACCUACCUGAAGAUCCAGUCGUUUGUGAACAGAGUGGAGGAGAGCCUCAGUCUGAUCAAAUACACGGCCUUCCUGUACAACGACCAACUCAUCUGGAGCGGACUGGAACAAGAUGACAUGAGGAUCCUGUACAAGUAUCUGACCACCUCGCUGUUCCCCAGACACUCUGAACCAGAGUUGGCGGGGAGGGACUCUCCUCUGAGGCCAGAAGUUGCAGGGAAUCUGUUGCACUAUGGGAGGUUUUUGACAGGGCCGACCAAUCUUAAAGAUCCAGAGGCCAAGUUCCGGUUUCCCAAAAUAUUUGUGAGUGCCGAGGACGGUUAUGAGGAGCUGCAUCUGAUCGUUUAUAAGGCAAUGAGCGCUGCAGCUUGUUUUAUGAUCAGCGCCUCCGUGGAGCUCACCAGGGAGUUCUGUGAGCAGCUGGAUGCCUUGGUGGGCCCUCAGCUUACUUUGCUGGCCUCUGACAUAUGUGAACAGUUCACCAUUAACCGCAGGAUAUCAGGGCCAGAGAAGGAGCCCCAGUUUAAGUUCAUCUACUUCAACCACAUGAACCUAGCAGAGAAGAGCACCAUCCAUAUGAGGAAGACAGCCAGUGUUUGUCUCACCUCUGUCCACCCUGACCUCAUGAAGAUCCUGGGAGACAUCAACUGUGACUUUGCCAGGGUUGAUGAAGAUGAGGAAAUCAUCGUAAAAGCUAUGACAGACUACUGGGUAGUCGGCAAGAAGUCAGACCAGAGAGAACUGUACGUGAUCCUGAAUCAGAAGAAUGCCAAUCUGAUCGAAGUAAACGAGGAGGUUAAGAGGCUUUGUGCGACGCAGUUCAACAACAUAUUCUUCUUGGACUAAAGGACCAGACAAACAGAUGGGUUCACCACACUAAAAAAAACUGUCAGUGUUGCAGGGAAUCUUGACAGCAUCAGCGUAAUGCAAUAAUUGCAUUGUAAAAUAAAAAAAAAACAAUAAUGAAAAGCUUUCUCACCAAGUUUUUUUUUUAUUUAACAUAUAAAAAUGUAAUUUUCUCUUGUAAUUAAGUGUAAAUCCAGAUUUUGACUGUACAUGUACUUUCUUUCACUUGCUUUGUACAUACUUGUAGGAUUUUGUUUCAUUUUUAAUAAUUGUCUUAAAUUACAGUUUUGUUUUGUUUUUUUUUUUAUAAUGAACGCAUUAUGACAAAGUGACAAAUUAAUUUAAAAACUGACAUUUCCCAACAGUUUACUCCAGUUUCAUUUGAUGAUCGGUGACCGUUUCACGAUGUCAUAUCACGUUUUUCUUAGUUUGUAAAAAACUGCGCUACCUUUAAAUAAAUUAAGAAGUAAUUUUACUGCGUUUGUAAAAAAAAAUCUUUUUUAGUUUUCAGCUAAAUGUUCAUUUUACUGUAGAUACACAACAUUACAGUAAUAUGUGAAACUUUGUCAGGUGUGACUUAGGGGUGUUUACUGAUCUGAUCUUAAUUAAGGAUGUGUGUUUUUGUAGAUAUUUGUUGGGAGAAGGUAUGUGUUCAUGAGGAUUAUUUCCAUCUAUAGGAAGCGGACUGUCAGUCUCAGAUGAGGAUUAACCUGUGCUGACCUGCAGCACUGCUUUUUUUGUAAUAGGUUUUGGUUUUGGUUUUCUUUGUUAUAGGCAUAUGAAUUAUAUUCAGUUCAUAAUAAGUAAAUAUACAUAUGUAUAUCCUCUCCCAUUGAAAUCCCCCCAUUCAUCAGAACCACUAUUGACCUAUCAGGGAUUAGAGAUAUCUUCAGUUUCAGGACUAUUCUUAAUUAAGAAUCAGGAAUUUGUAGCACCAGUACCACUCUAAUCUUUUCAUAUCAAUUUAUGGUGGGCAGUACACAGGUAGAGCAAUAAUACUU